GAGGGUAGUCGUAUCAGAGUAUCAGUACGUCCUCCUGCGUCCCGGCCGAGGCUGAACGCAGACAGAACGAGGAGAAACGAGGCCGAGACGAGAACGGAAAGCACCGUUCAGCUCUAUCCUUGCCAGCAUGUCCUGGCUCAUCAGUAGUCCCCUCUCUUCGGGGCCCUGCUCCAGCGGCAUCCCUAGCUACCGCGGCGCGGCCGGCCUCUGGACCAGACUGCGCCCCGAGAUGCUGUCGGCGACGCCCGCACAACGGGCGCGCAUCGCCAGGGACCCCGAGUGGGUCGCCAGCGCCGAGCUGUUCCGGGAGAACCCGGUCCCGUUCUUCGAGGUCAAGCGGGAGUUCGUCCUCGGGCUGGCGAGGCGCAGGUGGCUGCCCACCGCGGCUCACCACGUGGUGGCGCUGCUCCACCGCCACGGGCUCCUGUCGCACGUGUUGACGCAGAACAUUGACGGGCUGCACCAAGAGUCUGGCGUCCCCUCCGAUCUGGUCACCGAGGUCCACGGCACCACGCGCUCGGCGCGCUGCGACGGCUGCGGCCGGCGGCUCGCCCUGGAGGAGUACGCCGCGCUGGCGGAGGCGCACGUCCGGGACCUGGGCGGCGCGGACCCGGGGGCGCCAGCGCGGUCUUCGGACGGCGGGCUUCCGUGCCCGGGGUGCGCCCGCACCAGCGUGCGGCCCGACACGGUGCUGUUCGGGGAGGAGGUCAACCCGGCCUUCAGGGAAGUGUUCCGCAGGGACCUGCCGGCGGCAGACUUGCUGGUGGUGGUGGGCACCACGCUGCUGGUGGCCCCCGUCGCCACGGCGCCCAUGGAGGUGUCCCCGGAGUGUGUGCGGCUGGUCGUCAACGACCGGCGGGUGGGCGAGAACGUGGGCCUGGUGUUCGACGAGCCAGACUGUCGGCGCGACAUCAUGGUUGAGGACGACAUCGACGCCGCCUUCGUGCGGCUGGCAGGCAUGCUGGGCUGGCUGCCGGACCUCGAGGCCCUCUCGGGGCAGAUGUCGGAGCGGGGCGCCGAGUGCGUGGCGGCCGCGGCGGCGGCGGAGAGGGCGCGCCUGGGCCGGCGGCGCGCCGCGCCCUGAGAGCGCCACCCCUCCUCCUCCUCCUCCCCCCUCUUGGACGCCCCCCCUCCUGGACGCCCUCGAGGCCACGGGGAUGCCGACGUCCUCCUCCCUCGCCCGCGGCGGCGGCGCCCCGGGGCGCCGCCGGGGAUGCGCGCGCGGGAGCGGCGCGGCGCCGGGUGUACAGACAGGCCGCCGGCCGCCGGUGUACAGCGGGCGGGGCGCCGCGGCGCCAGCGGGGCCCCGCGAUCCCCGACAGCGCCGGGCGAAACAGCG